GGCUCAGGACAGAGAGACGAGCAAACAACAUAGUGUUUAGGCACAGGUGUGUCCUGGGUCAAGCUUUUUUCACACUCAUCUCUAUUUUACUUUUAACUCUUUAAAUUCAGAGGAAAUAAGAUUGCUGCAGUGUCAACAUGCCUGAAGGAUUUUUUCCAACCGUCACUGUUCAUGGCGAAGUGCAUCAACAAAUGUUUGGUCAGCCGAAGAUUGUCGUACCACCCGUUGAAAGAACUGAACAGUGGGGAUUACUGAACAAAGCCAGUCUCGCACCACCUAAAGUUUCAGGCAGGAUGUGUUUCAAUUCCUGCCUUGGAGCCCCCGUUGCAUCCGGCUACGUAUCGAACCAAAGACCCGUUCUCUCUUACCAGCCCAGUUUGGACCUUGUUGACAACCCUCACUUUGGAGUGUGGUUAGCCGACAAUUUCGUAACUCAAACUAUGCGGAACUACCAGCCUCCCACCUACUCUGAUGGCUCCACGGCCUUGCCAAGCCUCCUUAACAAACCCCUGGCCAGCGGAUUCCAUCAAGUGAGCACUGUUUGCCACACGGAGCCCGUUAUGGAUAAGACAGAGUACCAAAGAGUGUUUGUGCCCCGUCGCUUACCACCAGUUUCUCGCCACAUGAAUAUGGGUCCAAAAUUGGAGACUGGAUGCACUGAAGGAGAAGACCUACAGUUCAUCACCUUUCGGGACAAAAAACAUGCCACUGAGGUUCCGCGUCUGACCAGCAAAACAGUGAUGAUGAACGACUAUCGGUCUCCAACUUUUAUGCAGGGAAAUGAACGCUUGCCAGGUGUAUGCAGCUGUUCCUGCAGAGAAACAGGGUACACACGUGGUGCCAACCCCCUCUUAGUCGACCCACGCCUUCAUCUGCCAUCACUGGAAUUGAAGUGUCGUAUACCAGUUGUGAAGGCUACUGGAAACAGGGAGCCCUCAGGAUUUUGCUUAAAUAUGCCAAAUGAAAUUUUCUCUAAGGGACCCUUGGAUCCGUCACACUUCACUACACAUUACAAUAACAACUUCUGUUAUGGCCGUCCGAAGGACAGGAACACUUUUAAUAUUUCAUCAAUUGUCAACACAAGCCACACAAAGAACAAUGGCUACAACAAACGGAACACAGACAGGUUCAUAUUGAAGAAUUAGAUGUUUUCACUAUUUUCAAGUAAUCUGCAUCUCAAAAAUAAAAAUUAUCAUUCAAGCAAAUCA